AUGGGGAUAUUGUAUGAUGAUUUGGUGUUAAUUAGGCCGUCAGAGAAAGAAGGGGAACCCAGUGUAAUCACUGUCAAUUGUCCCGACAAGACUGGUUUGGGCUGUGAUCUUUGCCGCAUAAUUCUCUUCUUUGGCCUCACUGUUGUCCGAAUUGAUGUAUCUACGGAUGGAAAAUGGUGCUACAUAGUGUUCUGGGUUAUUGGCAAACCGAGUACGAGAUGGGCUUUGUUGAAAAAAAGAUUGAUGGGGGCAUGCCCUUCUUGUUCGUCAGCUUCUGGAAUUUCAUAUUACAGGGCUGAGUUGCAGCCACCGAAGCCUCCUGAUGUGUUCCUGUUGAAGCUCUCUUGCCAUGAUAGAAGGGGCCUUUUGCACGAGGUGACAGAGGUUCUUUACGAGCUUGAGCUUACAAUAAAGCGAGUUAAGGUAACAACCACUCCAGACGGGAAAGUGUUGGAUCUCUUCUUCAUAACCGACACAAGGGAACUUUUACAUACAACGGCGAGACAGGAGGACACAUAUGACCAUCUAAAAGCUGUUCUAGGGGAUGACAUGAUCACUUGUGACAUAGGGAUUGUCAGUCCUGAAAUUGCUGCAUGUUCACAAGGAUCCUCAUUUCUUCCUGAUGCAAUUAUAGAAGAUAUGUUCAAUACAGACAUGAACGAUGAACACAAAGAUGGAUCUGUGUACUCCAAAAAUCCAUCCAUCACGAUUGAUAAUUCGUUGAGUCCUGCUCACACACUUGUCCAGAUUGUUUGCCGGGACCACAAAGGUCUCCUGUAUGAUAUAAUGAGAACUCUGAAGGAUUAUAACAUCCAGAUUUCUUAUGGACGCUUCACAACGAAAGGGAAACUAGACUGUGAGCUAGACUUGUUUAUCAUGCAAGCAGAUGGUAAGAAAAUAGUUGAUCCCAGCAAACAGAAUGCACUGCUCUCCCGUCUUCGAGUAGAACUAACUCGUCCUCUCAGAGUAGCACUGGUAAGCCGUGGCCCUGAUACUGAGCUGCUAGUUGCAAACCCCGUCGAGUUAUCUGGCAAGGGUCGUCCCCUGGUUUUCCAUGACAUAACUCUUGCUCUCAAGAUGCUCAACAAAACAAUCUUUUUGGCCGAAAUUGGGAGGGAAAGAAAUACAGGAGUCCGUUUGGAAGAUGUUGAUGGGUUGGGAGUUAUAAUGGUUAAGCCUAAAAUGUUUUACAGGGUUGCAACGGAACUUUGGCCUGUGUAUGGGAAGGAUGGGGUUGGAGGCUUUACCAGUAUGUAG